GUGUAUUUUACACAAUUCAGUUGUUACUAUAAAGUUUUCUUAUAUGUGUAAGUGAAUUCUAUGUGCCAAAUUAAUUAGAAUUUGUCAUUUAAAAAUUAUUGACGUUAAAAUUAGCGUUUAAAAUAGUAUUACAAUUACACUUUGCAUGAGUACAUAUAUAUAUAUUUGAUGUAUAUUUAUCAAAGGUAAAAGCUAUAACACAAUAAUCAACCAUUUACCUUAGACACACGGUAUUUUAUCGAGAUCUAUCUUUGUGUUUUUAAUCCAAUUUUCGUAAAAGUACCUAACUCCAGUUUAAGUAGUUCAUAAUAUCAAAUAAUCAUGGUAUAGUUAUUAUUAUUGUCUGCUUCGAAAUAAUGCUUAAUCAAUAAUCAUGUUUAGCAACUUUUUAAUAAUAUAAAGUUUAAAAAAAUGUUUAAAAUUAAAUUUUGUGCUUCUUAGUCCAUGUUUUUCAUACUCUUGACGUUUUGAACUAUAAAUGUUGAUAAUAAAAAAGAAGGUAUUUCACUUCUAGAUGCUCGAAUUUUAAAAAAAAAAAGUUGUAGUGCUCAGGAUAGUGUAUUUUAUGAUAGCUAUUAAACAAUAUGUAAUUCGUAUCAGUGUUUUCCACAAUAAUAAUUAAUAGAAUUAAUUGUCGCUAUCAAUGUUUUUAGCCAUUUCUCAAAUACAUAUUGCAUAGAAUAGUACGUAAAUGAAUGUUUUCGAUGUUAUUAUUCAAACCAUAAUAUCAGUGUGUUGUUAGUAUUUAUUACGUGAACACAUAUACCAUCUGAAAAUUGGAUUAUAAAGUUAUCCUUGUCGAACUAAUUAAUUAAUAUUCCACUAAACCAAAACAAGAGUGCGCCUAAAUCACCUAAGCAAAUUGUAUUUUAUUCACCUAAAAUAUACUCAUGUACUAAUGUAUUGUAGAGAAACGCCUAUAUUUUUCGUCACUUAAUAUAUCUUUUGACAAAUUCGUUGAUUAAAAUUUGUUUCAAUAAUUUAAAAAAAAUAAAAAUGAAGCAAAAAGUUGUCAAAUGUGAUGCCGUCAUUUUCAUCAAUCCCUUAAAAAUUAUAUUACGUAAAUACGAAACAAAAAGCUCAUUAGAAAGUUAAUCACACAUUUACACUGAACAACAUCUGUAACGGCCACUCAUAUAUAUUUAGAUAUAUAUGUAUUUAUAUGUACCUGUGUGUGUAAUGUACAACAGCAUGUAAUAAAUAAAAAAAUAGGCAAAUCCACAUUCACUAGUAAUUGACAUGGGUAUUAUGAUCAUCAUACAAAAAAAAUGAUUAUUCUCCAGACCACUUUAUUACAAUAAAAAUAAAUACAUAAUUGUGAUAUAUACAUAUAUUGACGUUAAAUAAAAUUUUACUUUGAGUGGAUGCUAACUGUGUUGUUUUAUUGUCUUUUGAUAAACCAGUAUGCUACUUUUAAAACCCACGCCUUCAAUACAAUUUUUUUAUUUGAUAGAGUUAUUAACAACAGCAGGAUUCUUUGUUGCAUUUAUUAAAUUUUGGUGAAAACCGCAUUAAAAUCGGUUCAAAAAUAACAAAGUUCUCCGUUUAAAAGUUUUUGUGCUUUAAAGGUUUUGUACUAUGAAUGAACCUUAGCGCCAGGAAGACCGGAAGUUAUUUUACAACUGCAUUCCAGACCACACCUACGCAUAGAACCGGUGCAUCUGACCUAAUUUCUCAUUGGCUCUUAAAAUGCCGCGUAAAGCGGUAUCCAAUUAGAUAGCUAGAACUGUUUUAACAAUUCUAUUCUACGGACGAUAGUUAGUCACCCUCGAUGCGUUGUAAGGUGUACAUCGUUCCAUUAAAAUUCUCGCUAAAACUACGUACCUGAAAUUAAUUUUUGAUAAAGAAAUGUUAUUAUACUUAAGGUUUAUUGUAAAAUCCCACACAUGCUUCAAAAACAAUUUUGCUGUAUAAUAAAAAUUAGACCAAUACCAUUCUUUUCGUGUAAGCAUUUAGAAUGCAAUUUCUUUUAGGUAAUACAAAUUAUCAGUACAUUGUUCUACCCACUGUAAUUUAUUGACAAUUGUUAAUCAUUCACUACUGUGUCAUACAUUUAUUUACAGUCGCAUUUUUAACUUCCUAAUUCUUAAUUUAUCUUUAUUUUGUCGUUUUAAAAAAAAGGAAUUUCUAAAUAAAUAAAACGUCCAUAUUAUUUAUCUAAUGAAUUGCAUUAUACCUAUAGCUUGUGGUGCCUUAUUGUAUACCAGCGUGAUUGCAGGGUAUACUGGCCUUUUUUGCCCUUUACUACCCUUGCUGUUCAUUUCAAAUCGUUUAUAUAGAUAUGUAACAGAUACAAUAUUUUCAUUCUGGCAAUUAUACCCAGCAGCCUUAGUGGAAAUAGUUUGUAGAACUAAAGUGGAAGUUUAUGGGGAUUUAAUAACAGCCGGUAAAAAUAAUGUGCUCUUUAUGAAUCAUCGCACGAGAGUAGAAUGCGUUUAUAUUUGGGCAGCCAUGUUUCAUUGCACAAAAGGCCCUGGAAAAUACAAUUAUCCGGUUCGAUUUCUCUUAAAAGAUAUUUUACGACAUUUGCCUGGGCCUGGUUGGAUUACUCAGCUAAUGUGUUUUUUAUAUUUAAAGAGGGAAUGGAAUUGGGAUGAAAAAAAUCUCAAUAAAAUGAUAUCGUACUUUUGUGACAUGUCUUACAAAACUUCUCUGUUUCUUUUCCCUGAAGGUGCCAUUUUUAGGCCCGAAAGCAUGAAAGCAAGCAAUAAAUAUGCAGAAAAAAACAAUCUGCCGAAAUAUGAUUGCGUUAUGCACCCUAAAACAACUGGUUUUGCUUAUAUAAUUAAUUAUCUCGUAUCAAGGGAUAGUUUAGAUGCUGUUUAUGACGUCACUUCUGUCUAUCCUGACUGCAUCCCUCAGACCGAGUUUAUGUUACUUUCCGGAGAUGUUCCAAAGAAAACCAUUUUCUUUAUAAAAAAGUAUUCCAGAUCAGAACUGCCAACUACAGAACAAGGUUUAAGAUCGUUUUUAGAAAAUUGUUGGGCAGAAAAAGAAAACGCUAUCAAAAAGUUUUAUUAUGAAAGACAACUUCCAGAAGGCAAACUUCACCGACGAUUUAAUUGGCAAAUAUUAUACGUAGCGUUAGUUUUUUGGACACUUGUACCUUUCAUAAUUCUCUAUUAUGUAUACAGCUCCAAAUGGUUUAGAUUUUUAAUACUUUUACAAACAAUUUUUAUGUUAAUUUUAAACUAUGUAUGUGGAUAUGGUUUUCAAGAAUUCGAAGUUAACAUAUUUUUAUUGAAGAAACGUAUUUUUGGAAGAGGAUUUUAAUGUCUACUAAUUAAAUCCUUUUUUAUAAAUACACUAAUUUCAGAAAAACCACAUCAAUUCUUUUAUCUACAAAACUGUUAUGAUAAAACCAUUCACAGUUUAUUAAGAACACCCUGUACAUAACAAUCUGUUUAUUAUGAUUUGCACAGCUUGGCGACUGUAGACACUAUCUACAUUACGAUUUUAUCUCUAUAACUUGUCGUCUCUAUGGUAAUACCAUGGAGAUUAAAAAGAUGUUUUGUAACCAUAGAUUAAUUCGUAACCUAUGAAAAGUGCGACGAUAUCAACAAAUUAAAGUAAUAGUUUUAUCUAAAAUUGUAAUAGAACUCAAGACAAAAUUAAUUAAAAUGCAUUAACUCACUCAAGAAAAAAUGAAUCGA